GUUAUGCGCAUGCGUAUCCUUUGUUUUCCCACAUGCUCAGUGUUAUGGCCCAUGGAAGCCAGUUAUCGACAAGCUUUGCAUUAGAUUAAACGGCAUAAACUCUUGCCUGAUUUUAAUCUUCUCUUAAAUUGUUUUUCAUUCGAUAUCGAAAAAACAUGUCAGAAGAGAGCAAUUCAACUAAAGCAGAAUCACUUGACACUAAGCCUAUACUAACUGGCUCUGCCUCCAAUACUACAACAGCAGCAUCACAAAGCAGUGGGGGAGGAGGUGGUGCAACAAAAUCAAGUUCACAAAGUCUUAAACCAAACUACUCUUUAAAAUUUACAUUAGCUGGUCAUACUAAAGCAUUGUCAUCUGUCAAAUUUAGUCCUAAUGGUGAAUGGCUGGCUAGUUCUUCCGCUGACAAAUUGAUUAAGAUUUGGGGUGCUUAUGAUGGCAAGUUUGAAAAGACUAUUUCAGGACAUAAAUUGGGUUUGAGUGAUGUGGCUUGGUCAACAGAUAGCAAGCUUUUAGUCAGUGCAUCAGAUGAUAAAACUCUGAAAAUUUGGGAUUUUGCAACAGGCAAGUGUUUAAAGACAUUGAAAGGCCACAGUAACUAUGUAUUCUGCUGUAAUUUUAACCCACAGUCAAAUCUGAUUGUCUCUGGAUCUUUUGAUGAGAGUGUGAGGAUAUGGGAUGUUAAAACUGGAAAAUGUUUGAAGACAUUACCAGCUCACUCAGACCCUGUCACUGCUGUACAUUUUAACAGAGAUGGCUCUUUGAUAGUGUCAAGCAGUUAUGAUGGUUUAUGUCGUAUUUGGGACACAGCAUCUGGCCAAUGUCUCAAAACUCUUAUGGAUGAUGACAAUCCACCAGUGUCAUUUGUAAAGUUCUCUCCUAAUGGCAAAUAUAUUUUGGCGGCUACGCUUGACAACACUUUAAAAUUGUGGGAUUAUUCUAAAGGGAAGUGUUUAAAAACAUACUUGGGACAUAAAAAUGAAAAAUAUUGUAUCUUUGCCAACUUUUCUGUGACAGGUGGAAAGUGGAUUGUGUCUGGUUCAGAAGAUAACAUGGUCUAUAUCUGGAAUUUACAAACGAAAGAGGUGGUACAGAAACUGGCUGGACAUACAGAUGUUGUAUUGAGCUGUGCAUGCCAUCCUACAGAAAACAUCAUUGCAUCAGCAGCUUUGGAGAAUGACAAAACCAUCAAACUUUGGAAGAGUGACACAUAGCAGGCCCAUCAGAUCAUUAUCCAAGUGUUCUCUCAAUAAAAGCAUAGUCACUCAUCAACUAUUUGGUGCCACUGUGAAUUGACUCGUGUCACUGCUUGAUAUUUUUUUGUUGGUGUGUUCUGAUGGGACAGCAAGCUGCAAAUGGACAAGUUUGGACAGUCCUGUUCUGUGAACACAUUGAAAGCAAGAUUGAAGCUAAUAUUCUUUAUGGAUCACAUACAAGGCUGCAAUUCUUUUAUUUCCUGGAUUUAACCUCUACCACAAUUGUAAGAUCUUGAGAAUAAUGUGUUUGCUGUAAAUCUUGGAUUUAACAUCUUCUAAAUUAACAGCUCAUGAAAAAGAUCUGUUGAGGGCUAAUCUUGACAGUGGUAAAGCAUCAAGCUCAAGUGGAACAGCACAUGUAUCACAUAUGUUGGAUAGAUUUUUAAAACCCCAGCUACUAACUAAAAUUAAUUCAAUGUAAAUUCUAAACCCAACCCGUGUUAGUGACACGCUUGACAUGACUCAAACCUUGAGUUGUCUUCUUUGGGAAGUUAAAAUCUAUUAAUCUCUUAAUUCUAUUAAACCCAGAUCAUGUGUUUUUAUUGAAUAUUUUGGAUUUACAGCAAAUAUUUCCACCUAGUGAUAAAAUAUUUUUGGAGAUUCAAUGCCAUUUAACUUGUGCUAGUACAUUUCUCAUGGCUGACACUCAGCAUGUAGAACAAGGUCUUGUGUUGACAGUGAUCAUCUUGUUCCAGCUUGCUGUUUCAACACCCCCACAAAAAUGUAUUGAUCAGAUUGUGUGUGUGUGGAUGCAAAUGUUGAGUGAGAAAGUGUGCAUACAUGAAUCCUAUUAUGUUUUUAUCCUACAAAUGUCUAUAAAUAUUGAUCAGUACAUGAGCAGACUAGAGCUGUAACAAACAUGACAUGAGCUUUCCUAUUGAUAAAGUAGAAGUGUAUGGAGAAAAUGAGCUUUCAUACAAGUCACCAAAUGAGUGUACAAACCAUACAUACCAUGUCAAUCAGUCUUGUCAGGUUUUCAUUUUUUAGACUCAUUUCAUGUGCACAUUUCAUUGGAUUGCUUUUAUUUUUUAAUAAGUAUUUGAACAGUUUCUCUUUGCCCCUUUGUCAACAUGUACACAUGUUUUGUUUCAUGUCAAUGUCCAAAGUUUUUACAAAUCAAUUUCUUGUUGAAACAGAAAUCUCAUUGAAAGCAUUGUGUGUCAGUGUAAGUAAACUAACCUGUAUAGUAUUUAUUGAAUAGCCAAUGUGUGUAGAGUUUAUGGGCAGCUGUAGCACUCAAUGGUUCAUUUUUAUAAAGAUCCAAACGUCAUUUUACCUUUUUAAUGUUUGAAAUUCCAGUAGUUACAAAUAUAAAGUUUCUUCGAACAUCAGGUAUGAAAAGUUGUACGAGUUUGAUUUGACUUUCACAUUUGUGUACAUCUUCAUUGUGUUUGCUGUUAGAGAGCUUGGGAAAUUGUGACAGUUAUGGAGAAAUAGAAAUCUUCUGAUCUAGAUAGUAUUAAAUUAAAACUACUAGACCAUAGAUUACACAGAGUACAUCACAUUUAGCUGAGUGGCUAGAUUCAACUGUUGGGACAAAUUGAAGUGCCACAUAGUGAGCUCAACUGUUGUUGGCUUGUGUCAAUUAUUUUUUCUGUAUUUGACCCAAUUCAAGUCAUUACUAUUAUGACUUGUGUUUUAAAUAACUUUAGGAUACUUGUAUCAGACUAUUACAGUGCUAGGAUUGCCAAGUUUCACUUUUUGGACAGAAUGGAUACUUUGUAUUAAUGUUGUCUGUCUGUUAUUCAAAUUAUGUAAUACAUUUUUGUUUUCAUACA